AUUUUAAACUUUAUUUCUCCCUUAGACUGACUUCGGUUUUUAGAGGUAUUUUGCUCCGGGAUUUCCUCUCCCCGGAUUUACAAGGAGACUCUGCCUUAGGUACCUGGAAGAUUGUUGGUGCAAUAGGGAAAAGAGCAAAGAGAGAGAGGAGGGUGUGUAUUGUUUGGGUAAGUUCGCUUUUGAAUAGGUCGAGUUGUUGAGACAAAUGAAUUGAAGUAUCCGGUAAGCAAUUUGGUAUGAGAGUCUGGGACUCUGAAACAAAUUUGGAUGUUAGGAUAGCACGGAAUUUGUUAAGACUCCUUAUGAGAAGAGUGAAGAAUUGAAGGAGAGCGUAUAGGAACGCAGAGCCCUAUUUAGGAAUUUAGGAUUGGUCAGAGAAAUAAACACGCGGAUUUAGCAAUUUAAGAUUUAGGAUUAGGGCAGAGGAAUAAACACGCAGAUUUAGGAAUGGCAGAGUUGAAUAAAAGCCGCAUAAGCAAAGUCAGAGGACAUUUCGAAAGCCAAGGGAGCAAGUUUCAUGGCUGUGUCGGACGCCUCCUGGAGGUCGAAAGGAGGAAAACAAAUCUAGCACUUGGUGCCACUUGGAUUCCGAGGAACGGAGGCGGGUCCGGGUAGGGCGAAGCCAUACUGCUGGCAGCUUCUAAAUUGGUGAAAGGAGACGGACUUGUAACAUAUUCUUUAGGGUAAUUUGGCUGUGAUAAGACAGAAAGGACGGGACCUGGAAGGACUUUAAAGCUCAAGCGGAUAAUCGGCUUCCGAAUCCCGAACCCUUGAGAGGCAGUAACUGCGUCUGUUGCAGACCCUCUGCAGCCCUUCGGGUCCUUGUAAGUUCUUUUCCAGCUCUAAAACGGAAAAGUACCACUGUAACCCGGAAAGAAACUGCCACUCAGGAAAAAAAAAACGUUUUCUCUGAAAGCCUUCUCUCUUUAAAAGUCCUGCCAUGCAAAUAAAGGGCCUUAAUGUAGCUCUAGCGAUUGGUAGGGACUUACGAAUCCGUCAUUUCCUCGUACUGCGGGACGCAAACGAAUAGUCUGCUUUCUGCUUUCCUAUUGGCUGUUGGUUCGGGUUCCGUGAAUAGCCAAUCAAACUAUUCUCUUCUCCCCUCCCGCAGCUCGUAUAAGUUACAUCAAAUUAGUAUCCUUUCCACAUCCUUCUUGAAAAAGCUUUAAUUGUAUUCUUAGCCGUAAUGUCGGGACGCGGAAAGCAAGGCGGCAAGGCCCGCGCUAAGGCCAAGUCGCGCUCGUCCCGCGCCGGUCUUCAGUUCCCGGUGGGGCGAGUGCACCGCCUGCUGCGCAAAGGCAACUACGCCGAGCGAGUGGGGGCCGGCGCGCCGGUCUACAUGGCGGCGGUGCUCGAGUAUCUGACGGCGGAAAUCCUGGAGCUGGCGGGUAACGCGGCCCGAGACAACAAGAAGACGCGCAUCAUCCCUCGCCAUUUGCAACUAGCCGUGAGAAACGAUGAAGAACUUAACAAGUUACUUGGGGGUGUCACCAUUGCCCAGGGCGGAGUCUUGCCUAAUAUCCAGGCUGUUUUGUUGCCUAAGAAAACGGAGAGUCACAAACCUGGCAAGAACAAGUAAUCGGGAGGGUUGACACCAUUCCCACUCAUCUCAAAGGCUCUUUUAAGAGCCACCAAA